GCGGGUCUGGUCCCGGCGCUGGUUGAGCUCCUCGCCCUUCCUCCUCCAGAGUGCAGCUCUCACGCUCGGCGCUCAACCUCGAGUCGUCGCAUGCCCUCGCCAGCGUCACCGCCGGCACGCCCCGCCAGGUCCGUUCCGCCGUCGAGUCGGGCGUGCUGCCGAGGCUCCUCGAGCUGCUCCGCGGCGGCGCCGGCAUGCAGCAGCAGCACCACCACCAGCAGCAGCACCAGCAGCACCAGCACCAGCAGCACCACCAGCACCACCACCAGCAGCAGCAGCAGCACCACCACCAGCAGCACUGGUGGUGCGCGUCGCACGCGCUUUGGUGCGUCUCGAACUUGGCUGCUGCGGGCUCGGAGUACCGCGAUGCCCUCCUCGGAGGCGGCGCCUUGCCGCUCGUGGCGAGGUUGGCGGCGGUGCUGCUCGCCGGGAGCGGCGCGUGCUGCGAUGGCGGCG